CCCCCCCCCCCCCAUCUCCAUCUCUCAUGCCACUAUCGCCAAUCCCUUUUUGGCUCCCUGUUUCCCCUCCAACCGUCUGUUGUAGGGCUUAGUUUUUCGUUCGCAACUUACGCGAUUAUCUUUCUCACCCACUCUACCCGUCAUCUGCCAACUCCCAAGACAACUGUGGACUCCUUCGCCCGCUGCCCGUAGGGGGCCGAAGCACCAGUCGCUGAUCCUUUUGUUUUCUGGAUACGGCGCGUCACCAGGCGUUGGUUGCCAGGGACUUCCACCACAAACAGCCACCGCUCUGGGUGGGUUGUUUUAAAUUCUCUCUUCUUUCUUGGGACCUCAUUGCCCCGACUUUUGGAUUGGAUCCUGAUUCCCCCGCGCCGCCGCCAUGUUCUACUCGGAGACCUUGUUGUCGAAAACCGGGCCGCUGGCCCGCGUUUGGCUCUCCGCCAACUUGGAGCGCAAGCUUUCCAAGUCGCACAUCUUGCAAUCUGACAUUGAAAGCAGUGUGAGCGCUAUUGUUGACCAGGGACAGGCGCCCAUGGCCCUGCGAUUGAGCGGUCAGCUGCUCUUAGGUGUGGUUCGCAUCUACAGCCGCAAGGCGCGCUAUCUGUUGGAUGACUGCAACGAGGCCCUGAUGAAAAUCAAAAUGGCCUUCCGUCUCACGAACAAUAACGACCUGACGACCACAGUUGUUGCCCCGGGUGGCAUUACGUUGCCCGAUGUCCUGACCGAAUCGGACUUGUUUAUGAACCUGGAUUCUUCCCUCCUAUUGCCGCAGGCGCUCAACCUGGAGCUGGAGGGCAAGCGACCUGGUUCCUCGAUGGAUUUUGGAAGCCAGCUUCUCCCGGACACCGGCUUGCGGCGCUCCGCCUCGCAAGAACCUGCGCGCCUCGAGGAUCACACUCUGGUUGAUCUGGACUUGGGAGAGGAUGAAACGCCCCUGGGUCACGACUUCAGCAUGGAAGUGGGUCGAGAUGCCCCGGCCCCCCGCCCCGUCGAGGAAGAUCUCUUCAGCGAUGGUGGCAAGUUCAACGACGUCGAUAAUCUGCAACUGGAUCUUGGUGAAGAUGAUGCUCCUCUGGAUAAGAUGGAUCUCGGGGAGGAUGACCUACACGAUAACCUUCUGCACACGGAUGGCGCCAUGGAUCUCGGUGGUGACGAUGAUCUAGUUGCGCCCGAUGUCGAUGACAGAUUCGAACGCGAGAGCGUUCUUAGCGAUAUCGAGGAGGAGCGAUUAAAGGAGAUGGAAGCUGAGCAGGAACGAAUUGAGGAGGGAAAGGAAGGCGACGGCGCUCAGCAUGCUCAACGUGCGAAGCGGCGCAAGGUCGUUCUCAUGGAUCUUGACGAUGAGACUGAUAAGAAGCAAAAGGAUGUCAAGGACCAACACCUGAACCGCUCUGAGAUUUUGAAGCCCUCGUCAUGGCUCCCUAGGGAUCCCGUGCUGCUUACCCUGAUGAACAUGCAGAAGAACGGUGACUUUGUGUCGAAUGUGCUUGGUGCUGGCCGUGGACGUGGCUGGGCCCCUGAAUUGCGCGACCUGCUUUCGUUUGAUACCAUUCGGAAGGCCGGUGAGCUUAAGCGGAAGCGCGACAGCGGGAUUGCCGAUAUGGAUUUGGACGCGGCCACCGCGCCUGCGCUGGAACUGGGCGAAGAAGAGACCAUCCUGCCGAUCGAUGAGGGGGUUGGUCUCGACUCUACACUCCUCCAACGCUCCGAUAUCGAGUUCCCGGGUGACGAGGAGGAUCAUGCUCUUCGCCUUAGUGAUGAUGAAGGAAUGAACCAACCAUUGGAGGAUGCGGAUGAAACCACCAUCCAGGACAGUGGGCCGGUUUCGAUUGGUACGAAGCACGCCGUCCAUAUCCUCCGGGAGCGCCUCGGCGAAUCCGCCGCGGACCAGAAGAAGAGCGUCAAGUUCCAGGAUCUGCUCCCGGAGAAGAAGGCAUCCAAGGCGGACGCCACUAAGAUGUUCUUCGAGGUCCUCGUGCUGGCCACCAAGGACGCCGUUCAAGUCGAACAACGACCGGAGACCGUGGGUGGCCCUCUCAAGAUCCGUGGCAAGCGUGCCCUCUGGGGCUCCUGGGCUGAAGAGGGUGCCAGUGAGGAGGCCGAGCAGCAGUCCGUUGAGGCCACGGCCUAGAUGAGGUGGCUCCGGCGUCGGGUUCAUGUACAGUUGCGUUCUCUUUGGAUUGUGCUUUAGUGCGGGCAGGGCUGCCCUGGGGAAUCUUGGGCUUUUUGUAUGGGGGCGAUCAUCUUGUGUGAAUCCAUUGGAGUUUCGGGGUUUCUCUGUUGAAUUUCUCUAUUCUUUCUCGCUUUUCAGGGACUGAAAAGGCGGCUAUUAUGAUUCGGCUGGAGGGCUGGGAUGAUUGCUCUGUUGGUCGUUGGGCGAACGUCUUGUUUGGACGAUAGGUAGCUUAGUGUAAUAGAGGUCUAUCGAAUAUAAUCUAGCCCAGCGAUGCGCAUGGGGCGUAUCUCUGCUUUGGAUGCAU